AAAGAAAUCCAAAAUAUUAAUCGUUUUAUAACCUAUGAAUAAUAUUAUAUUAUCAUUAAUGGAAUAUCAGACAUGUUAGAUUUCGUUCAUAAUAGUGUUUUAUUACGCGUUAAAUAUGAAUCAAAGUGCCAAAGACAAGUAAAGUGAAAGACAUUUUAUUUAAUAAACAACAACAUGGAAAUAGCUGGUACAAAAGUGAUACAAUGGUUCAACGAACUCAGAUCCCGGUUUCAUCUUUAUCUAUACGCUCAAAAUCUUGGUCCUGUAAGGGCGGAAAAUGGUGGGUCCCAAGGUGACGAUCAACGGUCUUCACAUCAACAUGAUAGCAGUGAAGAGAGAGUAGUUUUUAUAAAUGCUCCUCAUCAACCAGCGAAAUAUAGAAACAAUCACAUUACUACUGCGAAGUAUUCAUGUCUUUCGUUUAUACCUAUGUUUCUUUUUGAACAAUUUCGUCGAUAUAGUAAUUGUUUCUUCUUAUUCAUCGCUCUCAUGCAGCAAAUACCGGAUGUAUCACCUACCGGUCGAUAUACAACUUUGGUUCCAUUAAUUUUUAUUCUUAGUGUAUCUGCGUUAAAGGAAAUAGUCGAAGAUAUUAAAAGGCAUAGGGCAGAUGAUGAAAUUAAUAUGCGUGAAGUAGAAGUUUUAAGAGAUGGUCAUUGGCAAUGGAUACAAUGGAGGAAAAUUGCUGUUGGUGAUGUGGUUAAGGUCCGCAACAACAAUUUCUUUCCUGCUGACUUGAUCUUAUUAUCAUCAUCGGAGCCACAGAGUAUGUCUUUCAUAGAGACUGCCAAUUUGGAUGGAGAGACCAAUUUGAAAAUACGACAAGCCCAUCCUGACACUGCCAGUCUCUUAGAUACUGCUGAAUUAAUGAAUUUUCGUGCAAAUAUUCAAUGUGAACCACCAAACAGGCAUUUGUAUGAGUUUAAUGGAGUAUUGCGAGAAUCUAAUAAACAAUCUGUACCUUUGGGACCUGAUCAAGUAUUGCUUCGUGGUGCAAUGCUAAGAAAUACACGUUGGGUAUUUGGUGUAGUAAUUUACACGGGGCAUGAUACAAAACUAAUGCAAAAUAAUACUACAACUGCACCUUUAAAAAGAUCUACUUUAGAUCGACUGACCAAUACACAAAUACUCAUGUUAUUCUUUAUACUUCUUUUGCUGUGCCUUCUAUCCUCAAUAUUUAAUAUUCUUUGGACUAAAGCUAAUAGUGAUGGAUUAUGGUAUUUAGGUUUAAAUGAGGAAAUGACUAAAAAUUUUGCUUUUAAUCUUUUAACAUUUAUUAUUUUAUUUAAUAAUUUAAUACCUAUUUCAUUACAAGUUACAUUGGAAGUAGUGAGAUAUAUUCAAGCUACAUUUAUUAAUAUGGAUAUAGAAAUGUAUCAUGCAGAUACAGAUACACCAGCAAUGGCACGUACGAGUAAUCUUAAUGAAGAACUUGGUAUGGUUAAUUAUGUUUUUACUGAUAAAACUGGAACUCUUACAAAAAAUGUAAUGGAGUUUAAACGAUGUUCAAUUGGUGGCAAAAUAUAUGAUUUACCAAAUCCAAAUUUGAACGGUGACGAAGAUGGUAUUAGCAUCAAUACCGAAUUAAUUAAAGAUAUUAUUGAAGGAAGAUCAAUACAAGAUCUUUCUCGUCCUGUUGAUAAAAAGGCUGCAAAUCAUGCAAAAGUAGUACAUGAAUUUAUGAUUAUGCUUUCUGUGUGUCAUACUGUUAUUCCCGAGAAAAUUGACGAAACUAUUAUUUAUCAUGCUGCAUCUCCAGAUGAAAGAGCGCUGGUAGAUGGAGCACGUAAAUUUAACUAUAUAUUUGAUACUCGAACACCUGCUUAUGUGGAAAUAGUAGCUUUGGGUGAAAGAUUUCGUUAUGAAAUAUUAAAUGUAAUAGAAUUUACCUCAGCUAGAAAAAGAAUGUCAGUAAUUGUGAAAACACCAGAAGGAAAAAUCAAACUUUUUUGUAAAGGAGCUGAUUCUGUUAUUUAUGAAAGAUUGUCCCCAGUUUCUUUAGAAAAUAGUGAUCCUGAACAAAAUAGUUUGGAUGAUUUCCGAGAUGUAACUUUAGAACAUUUGGAAGCAUUUGCAUCUGAAGGUUUAAGAACACUUUGUUUUGCUGUUGCAGAUAUACCUGACAAUUUUUAUCAGUGGUGGCGUGAAACUUAUCAUAAUGCAAUAAUUAGUAUAGGAAAUCGUGAAACUAUGGUAGAAAAUGCCGCAAAUCUUAUUGAAACAAAAUUAAGAUUAUUAGGCGCAACUGCUAUUGAAGAUCAAUUACAAGAUCAGGUACCAGAAACAAUACAGGCUCUUUUACAGGCUGAUAUUAAUGUAUGGGUGUUGACUGGUGAUAAACAAGAAACUGCUAUAAAUAUUGGCUAUUCUUGUAAAUUAAUUACACAUGGAAUGCCAUUGUACAUAAUUAAUGAAUCAUCUUUAGAUAAAACAAGAGAAAUUAUAAUACAGCGUUGUCUUGAUUUUGGAAUUGAUUUAAAGUGUCAAAAUGAUGUAGCUCUUAUCAUAGAUGGAAAUACAUUAGAAUAUGCAUUAUCCUGUGAUAUUAGAAUGGAUUUUCUAGAUUUAUGUUCAUCUUGCAAAGUUGUUAUUUGUUGUAGAGUUUCACCAAUGCAGAAAGCUGAGGUAGUUGAUUUGAUUACAAGUAAUAAAAAAGCUGUAACACUUGCGAUUGGAGAUGGUGCAAAUGAUGUAGCAAUGAUCCAGAAAGCCCAUAUUGGUGUUGGUAUUUCUGGUGUUGAAGGUCUUCAGGCAGCUUGUGCUUCGGAUUAUUCUAUUGCACAAUUUCGUUUUUUAAAACGCUUAUUAUUUGUUCAUGGAUCAUGGAAUUAUAGUAGAAUGUGUAAACUUAUACUUUACUCAUUUUACAAAAAUAUUUGUCUUUAUGUCAUUGAAUUAUGGUUUGCUAUUUAUUCUGGCUGGAGUGGUCAAAUUCUUUUUGAGCGGUGGUCGAUUGGUCUUUACAAUGUUGUAUUUACAGCAGCACCUCCAUUAGCUAUGGGACUUUUUGAUAAAGUAUGUUCUGCGGAAACUCAUUUAAGUCAUCCAGCAUUAUAUGCCACAAAAAAUACUGGAGAAUCAUCAUUUAAUAUUAAAGUAUUUUGGAUAUGGAUUGCAAAUGCUUUAAUACAUUCAUCUCUUCUUUAUUGGUUAUCACUAUUGGCUCUAAAAGAAGGAAUAGUAUGGGCAAAUGGCCGAGAUGGUGGUUAUAUUGUCUUAGGAAAUUUUGUAUACACAUAUGUUGUAGUAACGGUAUGUGGAAAAGCAGGAUUAAUAAUUAAUUCUUGGACAUGGGUCACUCAUUGUGCAAUGUGGGGAUCUAUUAUGCUUUGGUUCUUAUUUAUUUUAAUAUAUAGUAAUUUUUGGCCUAUUCUAAAUGUGGGUGCGGUAAUGUUAGGCAACGAUAGAAUGUUAUUUUCUUCACCUGUAUUCUGGCUAGGUUUGGUACUUAUACCAUCAGCAGUACUACUUAUGGAUAUUACAGUUAAGGCAGUCAAGAAUACAGUUUGGAAAUCUGUAACUGCGGCAGCUAGAGAAAAUGAGAUUCGGAAAUCUGAUCCCGGAGAUGUAUUUAAUAGUCACGACUAUAGAAGCUCAUUGACGGAGACGGCGCGGCUACUGAAAAACGUAAAAAGUGUUUUCACCAGGCGAUCAAACGCCGCUUCCAGAGUUAAUGUCGAAGUGGAACUAUCACAUGGAUUUGCAUUCUCUCAAGAGGAAGGAGGCACGGUGACUCAGACGGAUGUGAUCAGAGCUUACGAUACAAAUCUUCCGAAACCUGGCGGCAUGUGAUCUUAAUUCUACUAGCUAGAAAUAGUACACAGAUGUAUAUUCUAUAUAUAGAUUUUUUUUUCGAUUGAUCGAAACGGAAAAAAAUUCAAAAAAAAACAAAAAAAAAACAAAAAAAAACAAACAAAAAUGAGAGAAAGAGAAGAAGAGAAAAGUUUCCCUGGGAAUUCGAUACUCGCCAAGCCCUACGUAACACCUGUCUGAAUAAUUUUGUCUCCCGACUGAUUCAACAUUCUCGAUUUUUCUUUCCUUGAAGCAAGGAAAAAUCUUACGGUUCUUAACGAUGGGCCUUGUAAUAGAGAGUAUUAGAAAGACUAUCAAACACACGAUUCUAAGGAGAAAUAUUCCUUUUUUUCAAUCAUUAAGAUCACUUGCAAAUAAAAAUAAAAAAAAAGAUACUAAAUAAAUAUAUCCUAGAUCAGCGGUUCUCAACUGUUUCAUAAAUUCUGAAAUUAAAAUUUAAAAAUUUCAUCAAGGUAUACGAAUUUAAGAUAGGAGAGAUUAAAAUUAAAAAAAGAAAAAAAAAAAAAAAGAAAACAAAGUCAGUAUCUUGAUUUUUUUUUAUUUAAACUAGUUCUGUAGUUAUUCAGAAUCGAGACAACUAUACAUAUGAUAUAUUAUAAAAAUAAAUUUUUGGACGAUAAAAAUCUUUAUACAGAAUUGCCCAAAUUGUCCAUUAUCAAUUAGCUGCCUGUGACGUAUCAAUAGUAUAUAUAUAUAUAUAUAUGUAUCAUUCAGUAGAGAACCAUUGCUCUAGAUAAUUCUUUUUGAUACUCUUAUGAGAUUUAUUAUAUUUAUUAUAUAUAUCUCGAACUUCAUUAUAUAUAAAAAACUCAUACUCUUGAUAAUCAUUGUAAUGACUAUCGUUGCUGUCUUGUGCAUUUAGAUGCAUUGCAUUUCUAAACGCAUUUUAUCUUAGUUUGGAAUGUCUAGAUAAUUAUUACGUACCUCGAAUGUGUAUUCCGUAUUUUUUCGUAGUUCAAAGGGAACUUGGUUCUUUUUUUUUUUUUUUUUUUUUUUUUUAUCGAAUUGGGUAAACUUGAAAAUCAAGCGACAAAAUGAAUGGGAAUGAUUCGAUGCGUGACCGGCGAUACGUAAGGCGACACAAAGUUCACUUGUUGAACGGAAAUACAAACACACGUAUAUUCUAAAUACUAUAAUGCUAAUCAAAUCAAUGAGAAAGUAUUUGGAAAAAGUUAUCGUAUGCGUAAUAUUCAUUGAGUAAGAAUAGCGUUUUGUCGAUUGUCGUGAUAUUAGGUGUUAAAAGAACAUUGUGGAUCGUGCGUUUACUCGAUUAUUAUUCUCGUUCCCUCUUUGUUUUUUGUUGAUUGUUAUUAAAAUCGAAUCGACUGCAAUUUUACAAUUGUAUAUAUAUACGUAUAUAUAUAUAUAUAUAUAUAUAUAUAUAUAUAUAUAUAUAUACGAUAGUUGUGUCUAGUCAGAAGAAUUUGAUGUGAAAGAAUUUUACGUUUUUGAAAGAGAUAUACUCUUCCGAUCGUUAUAAACGCUCUUUUCUUUUUUUUUUUUCUUUUUUUCUUUUUUCUCUUUUCUUUUCCUCGAGUUUACGACUGAAUAAAUCUUCUUAUCGAAGAGAAAAACAAUAUGUGCACAUGUAUAGCAACAAUUUUGUGUGCAUUAUAUUCAGAAUAUAUACAUAUAUAUAUCUAUAUUCAGAAUAAAAAAAAAAACAUGGUGAAAAAAGAUA